UGAAGUUUCUGCUGCCCAUCGUGAAAGUGAAGACCAAGACAACAAAACGGAUAUUCACAACUCAACCAACAGUUUGUCUUCAUUUGAUCUCAAACGGACUCAAUCCACAGACGGAUUUCUUUCUUUUUUCGUAAAUGAAGUCCCACCAAGUGUGGGACGGAGAAACGACGGCGGCCUUACUGUAGAAGAAAUAGUUUAAACUUUUCGAAAUAAAUUAACUUUUGUGGCUUCAAGUGACAGACUUUGAUUUUUCCUUUUCCCAGCAGCAGCGUGUUAUAAUCGUGCUGGGUUGGCAGCAAAAUGUGGACGCGGAUAAGAGCCGAUAAACACUAUGUUUUUAUCUUCCUUUUGAUAUUAACGUCGCAUUCAUUCAAAGUGGCACAGAGCUCUAAAGUGUUGGAUGAAGUGCCCUUUCCAGAGGAUUUGGAGGAGGAAAAUAAGCGACUCGUGGGUUACGUGGAUGAUGAAGAGUACUAUGAUGCUUCCGGAUUGAUCAGUGGAGAGGAGGAUGGAAGUACGCCUGAACCAAACACAAGUGACCUAAGCACACCAAUAACAAUCUACUAUCGAGCACUGGUGAACUUCACAAGCUCCAUCCAGUUUGGACCAGAGCUUGAUGACAUCUACUCUCCUGCUUUCCAGGAGAUCUCGUCUGCUGUCGUUGAUACGCUCGAGUCUGAUUACAGCAGAAUACCAGGAGUCCAGACUGUCAAUGUGGUGCUGAUUAAGAAAAUUGGCAAAGAUGUAUUUGUGGAGCUGGAUGUUGGUUCAGAUUACAACAUGAAUGAAGGACAGAUCAGAGGAGUUCUCUACUCUGUGGUGAAGGAGGGCACCAUUGCCUUUUAUGAUACCUCAGUAGUGGGCUUUCAGUUCAGACGGCUUGGAGAAGCUGAUACUCUCCCUUCUGUGGAGCCCAUCAAUGUGCCAGUGAAGCCCAUUCCCAGGGAAUGUUCGUCUGAGGAGUUCAGCUGUGAUGAUGGACUGUCCUGUAUCCCUCUGGAGUAUGUGUGUGACAAACGGCCUGACUGCAAUGACAUGAGGGAUGAACUGAAUUGUGCAGUUGUGACUGCACCUCCUACUCGACCUACACCUCCUAAAACCAGACCCCCGCCCGGCCUGGGACCCUGCCGUGCAGACCAGGCAACCUGUCAGAAUGGACAAUGUAUAUCACGGGAUUACAUGUGCGAUGGAGAAUCAGACUGCGCUGAUGGCAGUGAUGAGUUCAAGUGUGGAACUCCUUCCCCCUGUGAACCCAAUGAGUUUAAGUGUCAGAAUGGCCGCUGCGCUCUGAAACUGUGGCGUUGUGACGGAGACAAUGACUGUCAAGACAACUCAGAUGAGAUAAACUGCCCCACUAAAAGUCCAGGGGACACAUGUGCCCCAGAGCAGUUUGUGUGUGUGUCUGACCGCACCUGCAUUCCUGCCAGUUACCAGUGUGACGAAGAGCCGGACUGCCCCGACCGCUCUGAUGAAUAUGGCUGUUCUCCUCCCACUGUGACCAUGCCACCGGAAGAGUCUGUUAUAGCCGCGCGGGGGGACACCGUGACCUUCACUUGUGCUGCCAUUGGUGUGCCCAACCCCAUCAUCACAUGGCGACUUAAUUGGGGUCACAUACCAGCUAAUAACAGAGUCACAAUGACCAGUGAGAAUGGUCGUGGAACUCUUAUCAUCCGUGAUGUAAAGGAAGGAGACCAGGGGGCGUACACCUGUGAGGCCAUCAAUGCUAAAGGCCUAGUGUUUGCCCUUCCUGAUGGAGUGCUCAGCCUCUCUCAGAGACCAAACCCAGUUGUGUCAUCCUCUCUGUACGUGUUAUCAGGUAACUGUCGUGAUGGACACUUUAGUGUGGGUGGGCGCUGCAUGCCCUGCUUCUGUUUUGGCAUCUCUAAGAACUGUCAGAGCACUGGCCGCUACCGCAGCCAGAUCACACUGCGCUUCACUGAGGAGGAGGACUUCAAAGGAGUCAAUGUGACAUUUCCUAGUCGACCUGGCACUCCUCCACCUCUGUCCUCCACUCAGAUGCUUAUCUAUCCAGAUAGUGAGGAGUUCCAGCUUGUGGAUCUGUCUCGCCGUUUCCUUGAUCAAGACUCUUAUUGGUCUCUCCCUCGCCAGUUCUUGGGCAACAAGGUUGACUCAUAUGGAGGUAACCUGAAGUAUAAGGUGAGUUACUCACUGCAGCGAGGUGCUUCGGAACCAAAAGAGAAACCUGAUGUUGUACUAAGUGGCAAUGGACAAAGUUUAAUUUACCACAGAGUAAACCCAACUUUACCUAAUACCAUCAACCAUAGAGACAUCAAAUUUACAGAGGAAAAUUGGAAGCACUCUUCUGGGCGGGUAGUGACUCGCGAUGACCUCAUGAUGACUCUGUCCAAUCUGGAGACCAUUCACAUUCGCACCAUUUAUGACAACCGCAUGGCCAGCGUUGGCCUGAGUGACAUCAGCAUGGAUAUUACCACAAAGGAGUUCAGCGUGCACGGGAACCCGAAAGACGUGGAGGAGUGCAGAUGUCCUCCGGGGUACUCGGGUCUGUCCUGUGAGACUUGCUCGCCCGGAUUUGAACGGGUACCUGGAGAUUUCCUGGGCACUUGCGCUGGCUGCAACUGCAAUGGCCAUGCCAGUGCCUGUGACCCUAUUAGUGGGCACUGUCUGAGUUGUCAGCACAACACAGAAGGGCCUCAGUGCGACAAAUGCAAGCCUGGCUUCUUUGGUGACCCUAGUCGAGGACGAUAUGAUGACUGCAAACCGUGUCCUUGUCCAUACACAGAGACGUCUCGCCGCUUUUCCGAUACUUGCUUCCUGGACCAUGACAAUCAGGCAAUAUGUGACAACUGCAGACCUGGUUACACUGGGCGACGUUGUGAGAAAUGUGCUCCAGGGUAUGUUGGCAACCCUCUUCAGCCCAGUGGCCAAUGUAUUGCUGCGUCUAGCUUGACUUCCUGCGAUAACAGAGGAACGAUCAACCCCAUCAGCAAACCAUGCUAUUGCAAGGCCAAUGUGGUUGGUGCUCUAUGUGAAGAGUGUAAGAUUGGGGCAUUUCAUCUGGCAGCUGAUAAUCCCGAUGGCUGCUUGCAGUGUUUCUGUAUGGGAGUGACAAAACAGUGUGCAAGUUCUACCUGGAGUAGAGAUCAGGUGCGAGGUGGUGUCAAUGGCCAGCUCUUCACCCUUUCCAAUGCCGCCAACACUCAGACCAUCACCGAGGGCAUCAUCCAGCGAGCCAGCACAGAGGUGGUCUACCGAUCCUUCUCUAAUGUCCCCAAUGAAAUCUACUACUGGGUCCUGCCUGUGAAUUUCAGAGGGGAUAAGGUUACGGCAUAUGGUGGAGAGCUGCAGUACAGGCUGCGUUAUGAGCCACAAGCACGCUCCUUGGUAAUUGAUGGACAGCCAGAUGUGGUUCUCCAAGGCAACGGCAUCUUCCUGGAGCAUUAUUCCCAGAUCAGACCACUUCCUAGAGCACCAGCCACCAUCACUGUGUCUCUUAGAGAGUCUGCAUGGAGACGGGCUGAUGGACAGCCGUGUACCCGAGAGCACCUGCUGAUGGCUCUGGCUGAUAUCAGUGUCUUCAUGAUCAGAGCCACUUAUGCAGACAAUAUGGCUGAGAGCAGUAUUUCCAAUAUCCAAAUGGACAUUGCAGUGCCGCACUCUACUGGAAAUGACAGAGCUCUGGAGGUGGAGGAGUGCGCCUGCCCUCAGGGAUAUGCAGGACCUUCCUGUCAGGACUGUGAUGUUGGCUACACCCGUACACCUGGGCUUUAUCUUGGCACCUGUGAGAAGUGUGACUGCCAUGGGCAUGCCAGCGGCUGUGAUUCAGAGACAGGAGAGUGCCUGAAUUGCCUGCAUAACACAGUUGGGCGUCAUUGUGAAAAUUGCCUUCCUGGUUUUUAUGGAAACCCAAAGAUUGGUGGUCCACAGGCAUGUAGGCCCUGUCCUUGUCUGGGAUACUCCAAUAACCAAAGAGAUUCAUCUUGUUUCUUGGACUCAGAUGGACAGCCUAUAUGCGAGUGUCCUGCUGGUUAUGCUGGAAGACGCUGUGAAAGAUGUGACUCUGGAUAUACUGGCAAUCCCCAACUUGGACAAAGAUGCACUCCAAGCAACAAUAAUGGUGAAUGCUACCGCUGUGACCAGAGCGGAAGUGAGGGAUGUAGUGCAACUGGAGUCUGUCGCUGCAAGAUGAAUGUUGCCGGUCCAACAUGUUCCACCUGCAAGCAAGGGACCUUCCACCUCAGUCCUGCCAACAAAGAUGGCUGCUUGUCUUGUUUCUGUAUGGGUGUUACACAGCAGUGUUCUAGCUCCAGUCACUAUAGAGAUGUGGUGUCCACCAGCUUUGCGCCAGGAAACUACCAAGGUUUUGCUCUUGUGAAUCGCCAGCGCACCAACCGUAUUGACAGUGGCUUCUCAGUAGAGCUCUCCACAGAAGAAACACAACUCUCCUACACAAACUUUGACUACCUUGGGCAGGAGCCCCACUUCUGGCAGUUACCCAAAGUCUAUCAGGGAGACAAGGUUGGUGCAUAUGGUGGAAAGCUGAAAUAUACAAUCUCCUUUGUGCCAGGACCUCGAGGUUCUCCGAUAGAGGAUGCUGAUGUUCAGAUUAUUGGUAAUGACAUCACACUAGUUGCACGGCAAGCAUGGAAAAGAGGACUAGGUACCAGAGAGUCACAUGAUUUUGAGAUUGUUUUCAGAGAGGAACACUGGCAGCGUCCUGAUGGCAUGCCGGCUACUCGGGAACAUCUUAUGAUGGUGCUCGCGGACCUUGAUGACAUCUUGAUCCGGGCCUCCUACCACACAGAGAUGCGCUCAUCCAGUAUCUCAGGGGUCCGUAUGGAUAUUGCUGUGCCUAAUUACACUGGCCUGCCACAGGCUUUAGAGGUGGAACGAUGCCAGUGUCCCCCUGGUUACCGCGGUCUGUCAUGCCAGGACUGUGCUCCUGGAUACACUCGCACUGGAGGGGGAUUGUACCUGGGCCACUGUGAGCCGUGUGAAUGUAAUGGACACUCUGACUCCUGUCACCCAGAAACUGGCAUCUGUACGAGCUGCCAACAUAACACCAAGGGUGAGCUCUGUGAACAGUGUGCUGAUGGCUUCUAUGGAGAUCCCACUGCUGGAACCCCAGAGGACUGCCAACCUUGUGCCUGCCCCGGCACCAACCCUGACAAUCAGUUCUCUCGUGCUUGUGAGAGUCUCGGGAAUGGAGACUAUCAGUGCACUGCCUGCCAGCCUGGCUACACUGGGCAGUAUUGUGAAAGGUGUGCAUCUGGUUAUGUUGGAGAUCCACGAGCAAGAAUCCCCUGCCGCAGUGCUGCUGAAUCUCUGGUGGUAAAGGUAUACCCAGAAAGAGUGCAGUUGGCACAGGGAAGCCCAGUCACUUUAAGGUGCCAGGUGUCGGGAUAUCCACCACACAGUUUUUACUGGUCUCGCGAGGACGGACGCCCUAUCUCCAACACUGCAGAGAGACGCAGACAAGGAGCGGAGCUUCAUUUGCCCAGUGUGCAGCCGAAUGAUGCUGGCGUGUACAUUUGCACCUGUAGAGACCAGCGCAGUACCAAUAAGAGCAAAGCUGAGAUUGUUGUCACAACAUUACCAUCCAAACCUAUCGAAGUCUUCAUUGAGGAGCCCAAAGCACGGAGCGUGACAGUUGGAGCAACAGCCAGCUUCAUCUGCACAGCCAAAAGCAAGCUGCCAGCAUACACCCUGGUUUGGACCCGCAAAGGCAACGGCAAGCUUCCUAGCCGAGCCAUGGAUUUCAAUGGCAUCCUGACUAUUCAGAAUGUACAGCCUGAGGACGCAGGCAUCUAUGUUUGCACAGGCUCCAAUAUGUUUGGCAUGGACGAGGGCACUGCUCUCCUCUAUGUCCCAGAGGCAUCUCAAUCACAGAUGUUUUACACAGCCUAUGAGAUGUUUGAAGGACAUAGAAAGCCUGCUGAAGGAGCUGAACCGGUGGCCACGGUAAAUCCACCUGUGCUGACAGUCAGGCCGGGACGGCAAGCUGAGUUCCGUUGCACAGUGACCGGCAACCCCACCCCUGCUGUUGAAUGGAUAGGAGGGCCAGGGAAUCGUAUCAGCUCCAAAGCCAUUAUUCGUAAUGGAUUGCUGACCAUCCCAUCAGUGGAGCACUCUGAUGAAGGGGAGUAUAUCUGCAAGGCUUUAAACACACAUGGCGAGCACACGGCCCGAGGAGUUCUCCAUGUUCAAAGUACAAAUCAACCUCAUGGUCUCCCCCAUGUACAAGUAAGCCCCCAGCGUAUCGAAAUUCAUGAGGGAGAGACUUUAAGGUUGUACUGCAGGGCUGUUGGCACCCCCACCCCUGGUCUUACAUGGAAGAAGAGAGGUGGUUCACUACCGCCACAGGCAAUUCCUUCUCACGGUUUCCAUCAGUUUAAAAGCAACAGUCUCGAUGUGUUACAGAGACGUAUUGAGGAGCUGCAGGCCCGUUUGGAGCGCACUGACAUCGGCACUUUGCUAGUACCCAAUAUCAGGUCAUCUGAUGCGGGCACAUAUCUCUGUGUUGGAACCAACACUGCUGGUUCCUCAGAGGCUUACAUUGAAGUUAUUGUCAAAAAAGGUGACAUCUUCCCCUCUGGAGUCACCAUCCAGCCCUCUAUUGCCUCUGUAAAAGAAGGAGAUACUUUAGAUCUCAACUGCAUUGUCCCAGGAACCUCUCCAGUCUCUGUCAAAUGGAGUAGAGAAGACAGGCUGCUGUCAUCCAAUCAUCAGGUGCUUGGGACUCAGCUGCGCAUCCUGCAGGCUUCCCGGGAUGACGCUGGAGAAUAUAUCUGUAAGGUGGAGGGUGGCUUGUCACCUCACCAGGCUUCUGUAUUAGUAUCUGUGUCUGAGACGUCUGACGCCUCCCGCCUCCAGAGCCCCAUUAUCUCCAUUGAGCCCCACAGUGCAGCAGUGAAACAAGGUGAGUCAGCCAGCUUCAGGUGCAGGGUCCACAAUGGAGCCCCGCCAGUGCGCUUGGAGUGGAAACUGACCAACAACCAGCCUCUGCCAGAUAAUGUAAAGACUGGCCCUGACAAUUCAGUCAUGACUAUUGCCAACGCCCAGGGAAAGAACCAGGGCACUUAUCGCUGUGUGGCCAGUAACUUGUUUGGAAUCGCUCAAAGUAUCGCAUCACUGUUAGUGAGAGAAUCCCCCAAGGCUGUAGUGACACCCACAGGGCCAGUGCGAGUCAAGGUCGGAGAUCCCAUCAAUCUUGAAUGCCAGGCCGCUGGAGAGCCAAGACCCUCUGUGAGAUGGCACAGACUGGACAGCAAUCGCAAAACAAUGCUGAGCAGUCCUGUGCCUGCCGAUUCCAGUGCUAUCAUGCAGGUGUUAGUUGCUCGCCCAGAAGACAGUGGCAUGUAUGUGUGUACGGCACAGAACAACCUGGGUACUACAGAGACACAAAUAGAGGUGUUUGUAGAAGGAGGGCCUCAGUUAUCAACUGUUCCCCGUGUCAGUGUGCGAGAGCCUAUGAUAAUUGCGGUAGAGGGGUCAACCGCCACGCUACAUUGUGACGCUCAUGGAUUCCCUAAGCCCACCAUUACAUGGUCUAAAGAACGAUCUUCUCUGCCCUGGAGACACAAGGUAAUCAACAACAGCCUGGUCUUGCCUAAUGUGGGACGUCAGGACUCUGGUCAAUAUGUCUGCAAUGCCACUAACCACAUGGGCACCAGUGAAGUCACCAUCAUGCUGGAAGUAGACACCCCACCCUAUGCCACUUCUUUGCCCGAUGACGUGUCAGUGCGAGUGGGUGAAGUAAUCCGAAUACAGUGCCUGGCCCAUGGAACCCCACCCCUGCGUUUUGAGUGGACUAAGGUCAAUGGCAGCUUGCCUGCUACUGCUCAGCUACAAGGAGGAGACCUUCAGAUCAACCUUGCCACAGCCAAUGAUGCAGGAAUGUACAGGUGUGUGGCCAGGAACAAGGUUGGCAAGAGUGAAGCACUGGCCAAAGUAUCUGUCCGAUCACCCCUUUCGGUGAAAGUCUCCCCACAAGUGGAAGUGAAGGCUCUUGGGAGUGCUGUGGAGUUCACCUGUGCUGCUAAAGGAGGACCUCAGGUUGAGAUUGAGUGGCUGAUGGAGGGAGGAGUUCUUCCACCUAAUCAUCACAUUAAAGAUGGAGUGCUCAGAAUUGAGAACCUCGAUCAAAGCAAUGAGGGCAUCUACACCUGCAGAGCUACAAGUCUGUUUGGACAGGCUCAGGACAGUGCCAAACUCACCAUUCAAGCCCUUCCCAAAGUGAUGAUCAACGUCCGUACAUCAAUACAGACAGUGAUGGUAGGGAACUCUGUGGAGUUUGAGUGCCACGCAACAGGUGACCCUCAGCCCACAGUGCGCUGGAGUAAGAUGGGAGGGUCUCUACCCAAUCAUGUGGUAGUGAAGGGGAAUGUCCUGAGGAUCGAGCAGGUGGCAGAGAUAGAUGCAGGACAGUACCGCUGCACCGCCACCAAUAACGUUGGGUCGGUACAGUCCCAGGUGGUCCUCAAUAUCCAGUCCUUGCCCCAGAUUGUUGCACAGCCUGAGACAAAGGAAGUGACUGUGGGCUCUGAUGCAGUCUUACCCUGCAUAGCGUCUGGUUUCCCAGUCCCAUCCAUCACAUGGUCAAAGGUGGAGAAUGAGUUGCCCUUUAAAUGCAGACAAGAUGGUCAUGUUCUGACAGUCCCUGGUGUCACGCAUUCAGAUGCUGGAACGUAUGUGUGCACUGCUUCCAAUAAGCAGGGAAAAGUUGAGGCCUUCACCAGUCUCAAUGUUCAUGAGAGAGUGAUGCCCCAUUUUACCCAGGAGCCUCUGUCUUACCUCACAUUGCCCACCAUCAAAAACUCUUACAAAGCAUUCAGCAUCAAGAUUACCUUCAGGCCAGACAAUGUUGAUGGGCUCAUUUUGUAUGCCGGUAUGAUCCUUCAUAAUGGACAGAAGAAGACCACUGGUGCUGAUUUCAUAUCUUUUGGACUGUUGGGUGGCCGCCCUGAAUUCAGGUUUGAUGUGGGCUCUGGGAUGGCAACUAUUCGUUACCCUACUCCCAUUAAAUUGGGUGAGUUCCAUACAGUGGAGCUUUAUAGGAACCAGACUCAGGGCUCCCUUGUUGUGGAUGGAGAAGCUUCUAUAAAUGGAACCUCACAGGGAAAAUUCAAGGGCCUAGAUCUAAAUGAGGAGCUGUUUGUAGGCGGUUAUCCAAACUACAGCAUGCUCGCCAAAACUGCUGGCCUCUCAACAGGGUUUGUUGGUUGUAUCAAGCAGCUGAUUAUCCAAGGUGAUGAGGUCAUUUUCAAGGACCUUGAUAAAAGUUCUGUUGGGGUGUCAAAUUGUCCCACCUGCAAGGACCGCCCAUGUCAGCAUGGUGGAGUAUGUGAGGACUCUGCAGCUAGUCUCUACAAAUGUAAUUGCCAGAGAGGAUACACAGGGAGCAACUGCCAGCACCACUCCUCCCUACGCUGUCACACAGAGGCCUGUGGAACAGAUGCCACCUGCAUUAACCGACCCAGUGGUUCGGGCUAUGACUGCCGCUGUCACUUGGGAAAGUUUGGAAACAAAUGCAUGGAUGGAACUCUUAUAACAACACCAUUGUUUGAUGGCAAAGAAUCCUACAUUGCAUAUCCUCCUCUAACUAAUAUUCAUAAUGACCUUCGCAUUGACAUGGAAUUCAAGCCCAAGAAUUCAGAUGGCUUGAUGUUCUUCUGUGGAGGCAAGAAGAUGAAAGUGGAGGACUUUGUGACCUUGUCCAUGGUGGAUGGACAUGUUGAGUUCCGUUAUGAACUUGGAACAGGUCAAGCUGUUUUGCGCAGUCAAGAGCCUGUCUCUCUGAAUCAGUGGCAUCAUGUUGUGGCAGAGCGGCUCAAUAAAGACGGUUCCUUGAAGGUGGAUCAUGCACGAGAGAUCACACGGUCCUCUCCAGGCAAAGCCCAGGGUCUUAAUAUCCACACGUCUAUGUACUUGGGAGGAGUGCCCAGCAUGGACAUCUUGCCCAAGCCUGCAAAUGUUAGCAUGCUGUUUGAAGGAUGCAUAGGAGAGGUUUUCAUCAAUGAAAAGAAUGUGGAUCUUUCAUACAGUUUCAUUGAGAACAGAGCCAUCAGCCAGUGUCAAGAUGGCAGCCCAUGUGACCGCAGGCCAUGUUUGCACGGAGGCACCUGUAUGGCCAAUGCUGAGUAUGAGUACCAAUGUCUCUGCGGAGAAGGAUACGAGGGUGAACGUUGUGAGGUAUUUAAGGAUACCUGUCGGGAGAGCACCCAGUGCCAGAACGGUGGGAGCUGUGUCAAUAACCUCUGCGUAUGUCUUGCUGGCUUCACAGGCCGACAUUGUGAGAAAGGGCAGGACUCCAGCUUCAACGAGGCACUGUGGAAAUUGGAGGGUAGUGGGGGAAAUGACUCUCCUAUUCAUUAUUCUGCAUAUUUCCAUGAUGAUGGCUAUCUUGCCCUUCCAAAGCCCAUGUUCCCACGAAGUGCCCCUGACUCUCCAGAGACUAUUGAGUUUGAGAUCAACACUGUUUCUAGAGAUGGCCUCGUCCUAUGGCAGGGAGUGGAGCCCGCAAGUGCUCUAAGCCUCCCUAAGAAGCAUGCUAGUAGAAAGGAACUUGGAGAACCAGGAAAGGGCAAGGACUUUAUAAGUCUUGGUUUACAAAAUGGACAUGUUGUGUUUAGUUAUCAGCUGGGCAGUGGAGAGGCUCAGAUUCUUUCCAGAGAGCCUGUCAAUGACGGAAAGUGGCAUAUGAUCACUGCUGUCCGAACGGGUAAGCAGGGCUAUCUUCAGAUUGAUGGAGGAGCAGUCCGACAAGGACAGUCACAAGGCAAAAGCCUCAUGGUGAACACCAAAGGGAACAUUUACCUGGGUGGAGCUCCAGACAUGAAAGCAUUGACUGGUGGGAAGUUCUCUACAGGCAUCACAGGCUGCGUGAAGAAUCUCUCGCUCAUGAAUGCUCGACCGGGAGAACAGCCAGCGCGACCCAUCGACCUGCAGGUCCACGCAGAGGAGGGCAUUAACGUGGAACGCUGCAUAACAACAUAGACGCAGUGCUAAAACCCUGUCAAGAGACUACAGAAAAUAACCCCUCAUUCACAUACACACUGGGAAAGACAUGCUUUUCUCAGACGCUUACAGGACAAAUUAUGGUUUCUAACUCACACUUUAAGAGACACUCUCUGAUAUGUGUUGCUGGUGCUUCGCUGCAACCAAAAAACUACACAAGAAAGGAUUCUUUGCUCUAUGCUGCGUUAAACCAAAAAAAAGAAAUGAGCGGGAAAGCGUGAGAAAAAUUAAUUAUAUUAACAAGUCUUCACCUUUUCAGUGUUUUAUGUUCCAUGAAGGAACUAUUAACAAAGAAGCUCCAGUACAGUUUACAUGCUCCGAACAGUAGCUUUUUAGCCAUGAUAUAAAAAAAAAAUAUAAAAAAAACGUGAUGAGCCUUCUACGAUGGGUCAGAUCCUAUGGAAUCGGAGAUGUUUUCACAGCACUGAAUUUUUAUUUAUAAGCAUAUUAAUCUAGAUAUAUAUUUGUGGGGGAUAAUGCAACUAACAAUAACCUGCUCAUUUGUUUUCCUAUGUGAUUCUAGGCUCUAAUUCUGAAUUUUGAGGCUUUAGCACCCAAGCUGUGUUAAUACUUGAAGACUCUGGUGCCUUCUUUUGCUCUGUACGAGGGCUAGUGGGGUCGAGCUUGCUUAGAUGCUUAGAUAUCAUGAGAAGGGGUCUCUAUGAGGUCACAGCACCUAUGGCAAAAUGACACGCAUCUCAGAUGAAGAUUGUCGCUAAAGAUUACAUUUGGGAGAUCAUAUACUGUAUAUGGUGUCAAUUUGAAACUAUAUACCUUCCAUGCUUGGUAAACUUGUGUCUGGUAAGUGUGUUUUUUUAAACUAUGGUGCUAAAUUCAGAUAUGACAAAAAAAACUAAAUAAAUGACAAGCACAUCACUGUUUCAUUAUACUGUUCAGAUGUACUUCUCUGGAUGUGUCUCGUUUGUUGUAAGAAACAAAAGUCUGAACUUGCCAAUAAAAUACAGUUUACUGAGUGCCAACCCCCAGUCAAAGUAUUGAGACUGAAGUUCAUUUUGAGAAUGCAUUGAAUUGUACUGCAAAAUAUUUUGGAAUUAUGAUUUAAUUUUUUUAAAAAGCUUGUUACCUCUAUUAUUAAAAUGUAUUUAGUGGAUCUCAAAUGUUACAGAUAAACACAAAAAACAUAUUGUUUGCCGUUUUACUUAAGUGAUCAAUUUGUGUCUGGGUUUCGAAUCACUAAUGAAAAUUUUGAAAAAAGGCAAAAACUAAACAAAAAAACAUGUUAACAAUAAUUCAAUAUAAUUUUGCUUUCUAGUUUUUUCUUUGCUUUAUUCAAUAAAAACACUUUUUUUUUUUUUUUCUUAUGGGGAGUCUCUUAACUAAUCUCCCCCCUCCCCUAAAUAACACUGUUUUACUUGUGAAUGUUGUUUGGAGAGCCUUUGUUUUUAUAUUGGUUUUCCUUAUGUUAUUCUGACAUUUUAUCUGUUAACAACAACACAGAUAUUUUUGCAAUUGAUGAAGUCUUUUGUCAUUACAUUCAAAUGUCGUAGUCUUACUCAUCAUCAGUUCAAAUGUAACAAAGGAGAAAAUGUCUGCAUGUGUGAUUUUAUUUAAUGUGUUUGAGGUCAGGUGUGUGUACAGUUCUGGCCAUUCAAAUCAUCUUCAAGAUCCUCUGGAGGGUUAACAGAGAACUGCCACUUCUGCUGUUUAAAGGGUUAGUUCACUUAAAAAUAUAAAUUCUGUCAUUUACUCAUUCAUGUUGUUCCAAACCCGCUGUUAGGCAGUAGGUUAGUGUCAGUCAUCAUUCACUUUCAUGGCAUAUUUUUCCAUCAAAUAAAUGUGAAUGGUGACUGAAGUGUUCCACAGAAUUCAUACAGGUUUGGAACAACAUAAGGGUGAGAAAAUGAUGACAGAAUUUUCAUUUUUUGGCUUGACUAUAGAGGGUGCAGAAAUAAGACUGGAUACUCACAUUGUGUGGUGAUGAUGAUGAUGAUGA